CCUAGCCGCGGAGAGUUCUCUUUGUAUUUCUGCUUGGCCAUGCACAAGGAUCGCACAGGAACAACCGCCAGCGGCAGCAGCGGCAACGGCAGGAGGAACUUCCCAAGCAGGAACCUAAUGGCUGCUAAGGGGGAAAUCUAAGCGCAAAGUCUCCCCCGCCCACCCCAUUCUGCCCCGGGGAAGGAGGGCUGCCGAGCGAGCGAGCGAGCGAGGGGAAGCCGGCAACCAUGAGACGGGGGGCUCGGCACUGAUGCCUGUGUGCCUGCCCCCGGCGGGAGGAUUCCGAGGUUCUUCCCUCCCCAGGGGCACCGCAAACCGACAGCGUGUGACAGCCGCAGCGGCAGCGCAAGAAGAAGAAAAAGAAGAGGGAAGGAAGAAAACCCUCAAACCAACAACUCUCCAAGCACUGCUUUGAACUUCCCUUAGACUCCUGAUUGCACUCUUCCUUGCAGAUCCCCCCCCCCAAAUACCGAUUUAUUAUCCUUAUUCUAUUAUUAUUAUUAUUGCAGUUUGGGGGAGGCGUGUUGCAGCUGUCUCUUUAAAAUAGAUCUUCACACACACACGCAACUAUUUCUGGCCAAUAUCAUGGCGAUGAAAGGGGCUGCCGCAAACACCGGGAUCUUGUUAGUAACCGCCAACGUCGGAUCCUUGUUUGACGAUCCAGAAAAUCUACAGAAGAAUUGGCUUCGGGAAUUUUACCAGGUUGUACAUGCACACAAGCCACACUUCAUGGCGUUACAUUGUCAGGAGUUUGGUGGGAAAAACUAUGAAGCAUCCAUGUCUCAUGUGGACAAGUUUGUUAAAGAAUUGUUAUCAAGUGAUGCAAUGAAAGACUACAACAGAGCUCGGGUUUACUUGGAUGAGAACUUCAAGUCACAGGAACAUUUUACGGCGCUGGGAAGUUUUUACUUCCUACACGAAUCCUUGAAAAACAUUUACCAAUUUGACUUUAAAGCUAAGAAGUAUAAAAAAGUUACGGGGAAAGAAAUCUACUCAGAUACAUUAGAAAGUACGCCUAUGCUGGAAAAAGAAAAGUUUCCACAGGAUUAUUUCCCGGAGUGUAAAUGGUCCAGAAAAGGAUUCAUACGAACAAGGUGGUGUAUUACUGACUGUGCCUUUGACUUGGUAAACAUUCAUCUUUUCCAUGAUGCUUCCAAUUUAGUUGCUUGGGAAACAAGCCCAUCGGUUUACUCAGGAAUAAGGCAUAAGGCCCUCGGUUAUGUACUUGACAGAAUUAUAGAUCAGCGGUUUGAGAGAGUUUCAUAUUUUGUCUUCGGAGAUUUCAACUUUCGACUGGAUGCAAAGUCAGUGGUAGAGACACUUUGUGCAAAGGCUACAAUGCAGACUAUCCGGGCUGCUGACACUAAUGAAGUAGUCAAGCUAAUAUUCCGUGAAUCAGAUAAUGACCGAAAGGUUAUGCUACAAUUAGAAAAGAAACUUUUUGACUAUUUUAAUCAAGACGUUUUUAGAGAUAACAAUGGCACCGCGCUUUUGGAAUUUGACAAAGAGCUGUCAGUCUUUAAAGACAAAUUAUAUGAACUGGACAUUUCAUUUCCUCCCAGCUAUCCAUAUAGUGAAGACUGUAGCCAGGGAAUGCAGUACAUGAACACUAGAUGUCCAGCUUGGUGCGACAGGAUCCUUAUGUCACAUUCUGCCAAAGAGUUGAUUUUAAAGUCAGAAAACGAUGAGAAGCAAGUGGUGUAUGACCAUAUUGGACCAAAUGUCUGCAUGGGGGACCACAAGCCGCUGGGGCAGGUAAACCUAUUGCCAAUGUGCACAAGUGUUGUGUCGUGCAGUGAUGUGGUGGAAAAAGAUGCCUUCGACAUGAGAAGAUCUUUCGAGAAAGCUCCUUAUAGCGAAGAGGAGGAGGAAGAGGAGGAAGGCCUCCUUUAAAACGUGACAGCUGUAUUCAUCCUUCAAGUCCUGCGUGCCACGUUAUUGGGGUUUUUUAUUAUUGUUAUUGUUGUUAUUAUUUUAGGCUGGUUGAUCAUACACUAUCUUCUUCUGCGUCUGGACUUUAGUCCCAGAAAAAAAAAAGAAAUAAGAAAAACUCUCAUACCUCACCGUCUCGUAUAUUCCUGUGACAUCAAAUAUGGACUUUUUAUUUUUAUAUGGAGAUGCGUAUAUUAUGCCACAGUCUGGUUGCCAAAAAGAAAAAAAGAACCCCUCUAGUUUGCCGCGGUGUUCUGUGUUUUAGACUUCACUGUGCUUUGUUUUUAAUUUGUCAAUGUGAAAUUAUAUAUAAUAUAUAUAAUAUUCAACAUUUAGGACAAUUUUCAUCACCCUUCCCUGGUUUAAAGCUAGGUUGGGAUUUUGUACAUUGCCUUGUAUACAAGUCCCGCUGUGAUACUGUACGUUGACCAAGAUUUAUGGUUUUUGUGAUUUGCGGGGGGGGGGGGGGCGGAGAGAGUUGAGGGUUGAAGCUGUUGAUUUGGGGGGGGUGUCAUUUUUAUAGACUUUUCGUUUUCUCAUGUUAUUUACUAUACUGCCAUGUCCCAUGGUUUUUUGAAUCACACAACAGCAGCUGCUUUCUAUACAUGUAUAUAUUUAUAUAUUUGUAUGUGAGUGUGUAUAGAGAUAUAUAUACACAGAUAUAGAAAUAAUUUAUAAUUAUAAACCGUUUGUCUUUCCUGCUACAACAUAGACUUUUCCAAACUAGAAGUAAAAUCCAGCGUAAGUCCUGCUUAGAGAAGACACGUUGACAUGAAUGGGAUUCCCCAUUCAUUUCAAUGCGUCUACUCAUAAGUAGCACUUACGGUGGAUUUUAUCUAGCGCAGCCUGUACACCCUUUACGUGGCAGUAAAUUCUACUGUGUGUGAGUGUGUGUGUGAGUGUGUGUGCGUGUUCCCACCCCCGUGGGCUUUAACUUCGAAAAUAAUGAAGUUGAGAUCCACGUUGGGGAAAAGCUGCCGGCCACUAACACCCUAUCCUGAAACACGUUUUGCUUUGAACUGAAAGCCACUGCGGUCGGUGAGACACGAAGCACGUUUAAUCUGACACAAGUUCCUUAGAAAUUGCAGGUUUACUCGAAAGUAAGUGUGGUUAGGGUUGCUAGGGAACAAGUGGCCCUGAACCCUUUAGAACUUGCCUCAGAGCCACAACGACAACCAAAUGCCUAGAAUCGGGGCGUGCGGCUGGGCGCGUGUUUUAGGAUGCGGGUGAACGUGUGGACCCAACGCUUCCGAGGUUUCCUAUUUAAGAGCGGGGUCGCCAGAUCAGCCCCAGGGUUUCCUCCGCCGGUGUAUAUAGAACCAAGACACUUCUCCAUCCGCCGACUGUAGUCACAUAUUUAAGCAGCAAACUCUGGUGCCAAGUAUUGUAGCGGAAAACAAUAAGAACACGAGAAACGGAAGAAACCAGCCUCGCGUCAGGUAGCAUUUUUUCCACUGUAGCUAAAGGAGAGAAAUGGGGGGGCGGGGGGGGGGCGUUCCAGUAAAUCUUAAUGCUGAUUGGGAGUUCUCCUUCCCCAACCUUUCUGCUCGCCCAUGGCCCACCCCUCUUUUUCACUGCUCGCCCCCAACCCCCCACUACAGCAUUAAAAGGUGAUUAGCGAGUCUGUUGAUGAAACACAAAACGGAGGGCUUUAUUGAUUUAAUUUAGAACACUACCGAGUUCAGGGACCGGGCGAUGGCGGCUGCGUUUGGAUAUAAAUCACACGCUUGGGGAGGGGGGAUAAAAUCCGAGGGGAAAGGGCUGGUGGGUGGAAGUCACAGAUCGACCCACCACCACCACUUGCAGCCGGGAUGGGGGGGGGGGCGGUCACUGGAAGUAUAGAGACGCCUUCAAAGAUUGGAGCCACGCGGGGAUUGGGAGAAAGUUUGUAUUCUGCGUGUUCACUUCGAAAUGAGCAUUCUGGUUCUCAAGCAAUAAAACUGAUCAUGGUGA